CGAGACGGUGGCGAAAAAGAUAACCAGUCACCAGACAAGGACACGACAAGAGCGAGCUCGAGUCACUACUGCGUGUUGAAACUUGCAGUGAUGGAGGGGGAAAUGCAACCUGCCGACGAGGGUCUCUGCGCCCCAAAGAUGUGCCGUCAGCAGCGGGGUCCAUACAGCAGCCUCAAGACCUUCCCAAACAAGCGGUUGGCGGGGAAGGCGCGGUUCGACAGACCCACAAUGGUCGAUAUCCCGCUGCUGGGAGACAGAGGCGGUCAUCACUACAAUCAUCAUCUCAAUCACCAUCAUCCUUAUCAACAACAGUAUCAGCAACAGCAGCAGCAACAGCAGCUCCACCAAACCUCCCUCACCAUAAGCAGCAGCAGCCAGUAUCUCGCGACACCGCAGCUGCAGCAGCAACAGCGUUUCGCAUGCGAUAACAGGCCCAGCAGUAGACCCGCGACAUCUACUUCAGCAACAGUGGGGAGUGUGGCGGCAGCAUCACUUGGUUUCCAGGGGAGGGUCGGCAGCGGCACGGCGGUGCGCCAGGACCCCACGUUUUCGCCUGGACGAGCCGCGCUCAACCACGAAUCUCCCGACUGCACUUACAGGAUAAGCUCAGGUAUGUUUUCAAACUUGUUGACAAAGUGAUAUGAGGAAAAGUUUAGCCUUUAUUUUAGGAAUUAGGUGUUGGACUAGACAAGAGGAUGUCUAGGCCUGUUGGCUGUGCGCGUAAAAUGGAACGCAACAACUGUUAGAAAUAUAUUCUCAGGUUAGUAUUAAAAUCCUUUCCAACACAGAAAAAAGGGUUCCAAAAAGGUUAUUCGGCUGUCCUCAUAGGAAAACCAUUUUUGGUUCCAGGUAGAAUCCUCUGGGGAAAGGGUUCUACAUGGAGGCCAAUAGGGUUCUACCCGGAACCAAAAGUGUUCUACCUGGACUAAAAAAUUGUUCUUCAAAGGGUUCUCCUAUGGGGACAGCCAAAGAACCCUUUUAGGUUCCAGCACCUUUUUUUCUAAAUGUGUAAUGCUAUUAUUCUAUAAUAUUCUAUCCAUAAACCAGUUUUGAAAUAUGCCAUAAGUAUUUAGCCAUAUCCAGACGAUACUAGGUAGGCUAUUUGCAUGGUUGUUCCAUUAGGACACACAUUUGUUUACAAACAACAGUUUUUGGUUGAUUUUUUUGUAUUUUGCACAAAGACAAUUUUUUGAUUCACCAGGGCGGCAGGUAGCUUAGUGGGUAAGAGCGUUGUGCCAGUAACCGAAAGGUCGCUGGUUCUAAUCCCCGAGCCGACUAGGUGAAAAAUCUGUCGAUGUGCCCUUAAGCAAGGCACUUAACCCUAAUUGCUCCUGUAAGUCGCUCUGGAUAAGAGCGUCUGCUAAAUGACUAAAAUGUAAAUGUAAAUGUAAGUAGGGCCUAGGCCUAUUUUGGGUAUUAUAGGUUAAAGUGAUAAAGAUAGCCUAAUAAAAUAGUAAUAGAACAACUAAUGAAACCAUGAUGGCUUAUCAGUCCAGCGGAGAGCAGUAACUAGACACUGAGUGUACAAAACAUUAGGAACAGCUGCUCUUUCCGUGACAUAGACUGACUUGGUGAAUCCAGGUGAAAGCGAUGAUCCCUUAUUGAUGUCACUUGUUAAAUCCACUUCAAUCAGUGUAGAUAAAGGAGAGGAGACCGUUUAAAGAAGGAUUUUUUAGCCUUGAGACAAUUGAGACAUGGAUUGUGUAUGUGUGCCAUUCAGAGGGUGAAUGGGCAAGACAAAAUAUUUAAGUGCCUUUGAACGGGGUAUGGUAGUAGGUGCCAGGCGUACCGGUUUGAGUGUGGCAAGAACUGCAACGCUGCUGGGUUUUUCACACUCAACAGUUUCCUGUGUGUAUCAAGAAUGGUCCACCACCCAAAGGACAUCCAGCCAACUUGACACAACUGUGGGAAGCAUUGGAGUCAACAUGGGCCAGCAUCCCUGUGGAACGCUUUCGAUACCUUGUAGAGUCCAUGCCCUGACGAAUUGAGGCUGUUCUGAGGGAAAAGGGGGUGCAAGUCAAUAUUAGGAAGGUCUUCCUAAAGUUUUGUACAUACCAAGUUCAAUUUAGGAACUGAAAGCAAUCCCGUACUUCUUUAUUCCAUCUUUGUUCCCUUCUAUCUCUAUCAUUCUGCUGAACAAUGAAUCAAAUGUCUCCCCGGACGAUUUACACUGCUGCUACUCGCUGUUUAUUAGCUAUUAAAUAUGCAUAGUCACUUUACACCUACCUACAUGUUACCUCAAUUACCUUGACUAACCUGUACCCCCGCACAUUGACUCGGUACCAGUACCCCCCUGUAUAUAUAGCCUCGUUAUUGUUAUUUUAUUGUGUUACUUUUUUUCUUUAGUUUAUUUAGUAAAUAUUUUCUUAACUCUUAUUUUAUAAAAACUGCAUUGUUGGUUAAGGGCUUGUAAGUAAGCGUGUGACAAAUAGAAUUUGAUUUGAUCCUCAUCAAUAUCCCCAUUAAUCUCUCCCAUUUGUCUGUCAUUUUCUGUGAUAGAUAUUUUGCACUACUGACAAUAAGCAGUCAUGACUGAGUAGGCCCACUGUAGGGUAUGUGUGUGCUCAAAUGAGUGAUAGGGUUGUGCAGUUGUUGAAGUGUGUUUGUGUUCCAGAGUUUGUGUUUAUUCCUGUGUGAAAUAUUUUCUUCAGAAACAUCCAUUGUAAUGAUGUGCACUGCUUUUGAGCAAAAGCAGGCAAACUGGUUUCUCAAAAAAAUAGUAAAAACACAAUUCUAUUUCUAUAGGAACCUUGAUCUGCAUCCCAGUUGGCACCAUAUCCCCAUUAUAGUGCACUACCAUUGACCAGAGCCGGAAGCAGUUUUGUUACUAAAUUAAACAGAUAUCCUGUUUCCCCCACAGAUAUACACUACCGUUCAAAAGUUUGGGGUCACUUAGACAUUUCCUUGUAGCGGUGGUAAGGAUUCACUCCAUGGUGCUGAAAAGAAAGCUCUGGUGUUAAUGACAAAGCGAAAACAGGUUUUGUAGUCAUUUUUGCAAAUGUAUAGAAAAUAAAAAACAGAAAGACCUUAUUUACAUAAAUAUUCAGACCAUUUGUUAUGAGACUCGAAAUUGAGCUCAGGUGCAUCCUGUUUCCAUUGAUCAUCCUUGAGAUGUUUCUACAACUUGAUUGGUGUCCACCUCAUAGCUUGGUUUUUGCUCUGACAUAAACUGUCAACUGUGGGACCUUAUAUAGACAGGUGUGUGCCUUUCCAAGUCAUGUCCAAUCAAUUGAAUUUACCACAGGUGGACUCCAAUCAAGUUGUAGAAACAUCUCAAGGAUGAUCAACGGAAACAGGAUGCACCUGAGCUCAAUUCUGAGUCUCAUAGCAAAGGGUCUGAAUACUUAUGUAAAUAAGGUAUUUCUGUUUUUUAUACAUUUUGCAAAAAUGUCAAAACUGUUUUUGCUUUGUCAUUAUGGUGUAUUGUGUGUUGAUUGAUGAGGAUAUACAUUUUUUUGUCCAUUAAAGUAACAUCAGAUUUAUCAGAAAUACAGUGUAGACAUUGUUAAUGUUGCAAAUGGCUAUAUACGUUGAGACUGGUGUUUUGCGGGUACUAUUUAAUGAAGCUGCCAGUUGAGGACCUGUGAGGCGUCUGUUUCUCAAACUAGACACUCUAAUGUAUUUGUCCUCUUGCUCAGUUGUGCACCGGGGCAUCCCACUCCUCUUUCUAUUCUGGUUAGAGCCAGUUUGCGCUGUUCUGUGAAGGGAGUAGUACACAGCGUUGUAAGAGAUAUUCAGUUUCUUGGCAAUUUCUCGCAUGGAAUAGCCUUCAUUUCUCAGAACAAGAAUAGACUGACGAGUUUCAGAAGAAAGUUCUUCGUUUCUGGCCAUUUUGAUUCAGUAAUUGAACCCACAAUUGCUGAUGCUCCAGAUACUCAACUAGUCUCAAGAAGGCCAGUUUUAUUGCUUCUUUAAUCAGCACAACAUUUUUCAGCUGUGCUAACAUAAUUGCAAAAGGGUUUUCUAAUGAUCAAUUAGCCUUUUAAAAUGAUAAACUUGGAUUAGCAAACACAACGUGCCAUUGGAACACAGGACUGAUGGUUGCUGAUAAUGGGCCUCUGUAUGCCUAUGUAGAUAUUCCAUUAAAAAUCAGCCUUUUCCAGCUACAAUAGCCAUUUACAACAUUAACAAUGUCUACACUGUAUUUCUGAUCAAUUUGAUGUUAUUUUAAUGGACAAAAAAAUAGCUCUUCUUUCGAAAACAAGGACAUUUCUAAGUGAGCCCAAACUUUUGAACGGUAGUGUAAAUCUCCUUAUCACUCCACUAGCAGGGGGGGGUUGAGCUUCAGUAUUCUGAGAUUGUUGUUACACUGACACAGCACUAUCUAGCUUAUACUGUCUACUGUAUUAGCACUGUGGUGUAGCAUUAAGCCUAAUAGGUAAAGUAAUUGUCAUGUCGCCUCGUGCCAUUAUCCAGGGUAGUGACAAAGUACAGGCCUCAUACAGUAUUAGAUGCUCUAUUGUAGGCCUAUAGGCCUCCCUGAACAAUCACUACGUUUUAACUAACCUGCUCCUAUGGUACUGGGGCUUCCAAUUUUAUUGUCUUAAAAACCCAAUUCAAAGCCCAGAUUUACACAGUUCUUAGGUAUCUGCAUUGGAUACAGUAUAGGGCUUUUCACUCCACUGAGCCGAACCGAGUUGACCUAAACCAAGCUGCUGUAAUUGUGCUGAAAAGAACAGUGUGUAAAGAAAAUAAUAGAGCGAGCACGUUUGGGUCAGUUCGGCGCGAUAGUACAAAAAGGGUAUAUAUUUUGUUAACCAUACGACAAAAGCUACCAAAUACAACUAAGUAUUCAUGUGAUUUAAUGAUUACAGUGAUAAGAGCACAUUUCCCUGGAGGUGACAGUCAGACAGAGGUGGUUUCUCUUCCCCAUUAUGCAUCCCACAGACAGAAGGAGGAGCCCAAGGAUGCCAGCCCUGAGAUCCGCACACAAUAAAGCAAAUUGCAUUUAAAAGCUUUUCCAAAGAGUUGUGAUUAAAAUAAAUGGGGCUCAUAAAUUUGCCUCCGCGGAGCAUGUUGUAUUUAAUGACAUUUUAUGAGGCUGUCUCCCCAUGCACAGUACCAGGGAGCAAGAGAAGUGGGAGGGACGGAGGCACGGGGGGAUGAUAUCAGAUACAUCUCGGCGGGUAAACAAAGACGGCACGCAUAUUAAUAAAUGCGACACAUCUGCGCUAGGCCGAUAGACACGUCUCAGCGGCUGCCAGAGUGCCGGGCCUCCCGCCCAGUUGCAGCGAGGGCGUCGUGGGUAGCUGUCUGCACUCAUAAUUACCUGCCUUGUCUCUUUGUGUGUGAAGGCGACACAUUCGUAAUCAUUAGAGGGGAGAUGUGCGAGAUCAUCUCAUUCCGAUGUACGGAGACUGCUGGGAGAAGGACACAGGGAGAGCUGCUGUUAUGGAUGAUAUUAUCAAAUCAAAUGCAUUUAUCAAAAAGUGCUAAACUGCAACCCAAGCCUAUAACUCCCAAAGAGCAAGCACAGGCAACAAUGGCAAGGGAAGGACUAGUGUAGGCCUAUAUAUUGACAUCUGACUCAACCAGCUUCCUUGUACAAGAGUGCAAUUGAAUGGAGGGACCCUGUACCAGGGUCAAAUAUGACUUGUAGAAAAGGGGGAGGAGCUAGAUAGAGUGGCGUGAGGGUAGUGAGGGGAGGAGCUAGAUAGAGUGGAGGGAGGGUGGUGAGGGGAGGAGCUAGAUAGAGUGGAGGGAGGGUGGUGAGGGGAGGAGCUAGAUAGAGUGGAGUGAGGGUGGUGAGGGGAGGAUCUAGAUAGAGUGGAGUGAGGGUGGUGAGGGGAGGAAGCCAGAGCAGUGAAGCAGAAACUGCAACACCUUUAUAUAGAAUUUGAGAGUCAAGUAGAGGUGACUGAGAAAGGGAUAAGACUGAAGCAAUCCUACUGCAGUAUUAUGAACAACCAACCGAGUCCAUGCUCUUCUGAACCACCAACCUAGUCCAUGCUCUUCUGAACCACCAACCUAGUCCAUGCUCUUCUGUGUUUUUUAAUCCAUACCAUCAAUUCAAUUCCAAGUAAUCAAGGACUGUGGAAAUGUAGAAAUGUGUUGAUGCCCAAAGGUUGAUGCCAAAAUAUGCUGGUUGACUUGAAUGUCACAGUGAACGCCUUGGCUAUCAUUAUCGGCUCACUCUCUGUUCCUCUAGAAAACCGUCUCAUCUUGGAUGCCUUCGCACAGCAGUGUAGCCGGGUCCUCACUCUUCUCAACAACAACGGCCGGUUCGUGGAGCCGCAAGCUCCUCUGCCCUCCUCUCUCACCUCCCACAUCAAGCAGGAGGACAGCUGCCUCUCUGGACCUGGGGGGGAGUCAAAGCCAGUCGCGGGUCAGGGGGGUCAUUACCCCACCCUGGGCACGCCACGGCUUGAGGAGAGCUCCACCGUCGACCCUGAUGACGAAGCCCAGCACAGCCACUGGAGCCAACAACAAACAUCCGCCUUCCUGCGCAUCUUCACGGAGUCCCUCCAGAGCUAUCUGCUCACUGGGAACCAGCAGCCUCACCCGGGCCCGGGCCUCGAGGGAGAGCAAUGCCCACCGGCUGAGCCCGAGUCUGGGGGGUCACCGGGCCACAACCUGGGGGGCUGGAGCUCACCGGCCCCCUCGGAUUCGUAUGGCCACCCCUCGUCCACCCUGCCGGAGGAGGAAGAGGAGGAGGAGGAGAGCUGCUGCCCUCGCUGUGUGGAGCUGGAGCAGGAGGUGCUGUGUCUGCAGCAGGAGAAUGAAGAACUGCGGAACAAGAUGGACAACAUACCAGGUACAGUACCAGGGUUUCAGUAAUGUGAGAUUGUGACUUGGUAUGUGGAUACAAUAGAAGGCCACGUCACCCGUAAAUACCUGAAGAAAGUGAGACGAUGUGCUAAUUUUGCUGCCCAAGACAACUUGUGGAUUUGGGUCUUUACCCUGUGACUCGACAUAGCAUGUCACAAUAAUGACACAGUGCCAACUGAGGGUGGUAACCAUGUGGUGUAGUACAUUACUUUUUAUGUCAAGUUAAAGAUUUACAGUGCCCUCCGGAAUAUGUUGUUGUUGUUUUGGUUCUGUACUCCAGCACUUUGGAUUUGAGUGAAGUGAAUUUGUCCCAAUACCUUUGGUCCCCUAAAAUGGGGGGACUAUGUACAAAAAGUGCUGUCAUUUCUAAAUGGUUCACCCGAUAUGGAUCAAAAUACCCUCAAAUUAAAGCUGACAGUCUGCACUUUACCCUCAUGUAUCAUCUCAAAGCCAAAACAACAAAACGUGUCACUGUCCCAAUAAUUACGGAGAGCACUGUAUUUUACAUUUUAGUCAUUUAGCAGAUGCUCUUAUCUAGAGCGACUUACAGUUAGACACCCCAGACUUACAAUCAAAUCUUUUUGAUGGGUUUUAUAACCCUGAUCUCCUUCCAGCUCCCUGCCAGAAUGUGCUGGACUUCUUCAAGACUGUUCUCCAGCACCAUGACCAGUUUAUACAGCCCAUGGAAGAGGAACAACUAACAGAGGCAAGAAAUCAGUUUGUCUCAAAACACAGACUGUGUCUUUCUAGAAAUAAAUACUCUUGGUCUGUUCCAGUUUCUGUCAGGUACUGUACUGUACCUUUUUAUAUGUUUUAUCACUAGUCACACUGGCCGUGUCUGAAAUCUGUCUUGCCUACUACUUACUGCAUACUGUGUAUUAAUUGUACUACAUGCUAUAUUUAGAACGUACUGUUUAGUAAACAAUGAAAGCAGUACGUACAAAUAUCAACAUCCAUUCUGAGAAGGCGUCAUCUAAUGUGCAAUUGCAAUGUUUCCCACCAUUCGUUCAUUUUGGUAGAGCGCGUCCCCUUCUCUUUUUUAUUUGAUUUAUUUAACCAUUAUUUUGACAGGGAGUCAAUUUCCAGGGGCCCUCGGGGGUGGGCUGGGGGUCCAGCCAUGUACCUGGUAACUAGUUGGCUUCCUAAAGAGGCUCAAAGUUGCCCACCGUUUACCCACUUCAUUGAAUUUCUUCACUUUGAGAUAAGGAGCACCGGCGAAACAAGGCUUGGCAUUCGGUUUAGACACAUGUCAGUGUAGUUCUGAUCCUUUUAUGGCUUGCAGACUGGCCGUCAGUCGCCCUAUCUAGUCAUCAAUGUGCUACGCAUUACUUACCUGGAGAAGAGAGAGCCAAGGACUGACACUACUAACCGGCGUCCUUCAGCUGGGGUGGGCAGUAAUCAGUAUUAUUUUCACUGCUUGUUCUGUCCAGCACUUGGAAACACCUAAGGCAACACAAGAGGGAUUAUUCGGCUGGGAAUCGGAUGGUAGCGCCCUCAGCCAAUGUAUGAAGUGUAAGACUGUGUGAGUUUUGCCAGUGUGAGUGUGUUUGUGAUACUUGUUACUGUACUGUGUCCGCGCACCUUACCAAGUGUGUAUGUGUGUGUGAGUAUGGGUGGAUGUGUGUUGUGAGAGGACAGCACUUACCGUGUCAUCCAGUGUUUACUCCCUUCGGCCUGCAUGGUCGUCUGAGUCCCCUCUUCACUUUGACGUUCAUUGGGCUAAGCCGGUCCCACAGCUACACUUUGAAUUUCUUCACUUUGAUAUUAAUUUAGGCUGAUCCAGGGGCCAGGUGGGUUCAACAUAGCCGUUUACCCAUGGAGGGAUUAAUCUUUUCCAGAAAAUCUACCUUGUUUCAAUACCGAGAAUAAUUCAUAUUUAUCCAGAGUCCCAGGAAAUACAGCAAAAAUCGGAAGCGCCCAUUUAAAGUGUUUAAAACCAAGAUAUGGUCACUAUGCCAGGGUUCUCCCCAAAUAAGAUUGUCGCUGCGCCACCUUGUCAGCUUGGCUGCGUCACUAUGUAAAGAUUUCAGGACAAAUUAAACUGAUAUUCAGGAAUGAUAGAGGAACUAUCUUUGAUCGCCAAUUACAUUGUUGUGAAUAGUGAAACAGGCCGUUCAUAAUGUUCCUCAAUUAAUUCAGAGCAUUUCAGCAGUAGGCUAUCUGGACACAGAGCACGUUUAGGACACACAGAGUGCACCUCGAGUAUAGCGUUGUCAAAUCAUACAAUCCGCUCACCAACUCAGGCGCUACAAUACCUGGGCUUGUGGACUGAGAAUGAUUUAGGCAGCGCCGUUUUAUUGGACGGCUAGUCCGGGGCUCAUUCAAUUUUGUAAUAACGCCCGGUGCCGGCAAGGUGUUUCCAGUGUUUCCUUUGCGUAUUCUGUGCUUGCGAGUCUGGCUUAGCCGGACUGAUGCAUCUAAUCUCCCGGAACUUUUGCCCCCAGAGUCCCCGGAACAUAGGACUGUGGAAGAUCUUGCUUGCUCAACCUGAUGGCGUCUACCGUAGGUGCCAGUUUUGAUGACCCGGGUUGCUCGCCCUGGUGCGGCAAUGGUUUCGAGGCCUUCCAUCAAUUACUUAAAGUUUCAGUUUUGCAGCCAUAUUCUCCCCAGAACCCAAAGACUUUGGUUUCCCGGACGCUGCCCGGCAGGUCAUGGGAAUAAUGCCAUGGCAGGUAGCUUAGUGGUUAAGAGCGUUGUGUCAGUAACCGAAAAGUUGCUGGUUCUAAUCCCGAGCUGACUAGGUGGCAAAUCUGUCGAUGUGCCCUUGAGCAAGGCACUUAACCAUAAUUGCUCAUGUAAGUCGCUCUGGAUAAGAGCGUCUGCUAAAUGACAAAAAAAUAAUAAUAAUGCUGCCGGAUCGCUAGUUGGCAUCGUUUAUGGUCGGAACUACGAAGGUAUCGGAUUGUCUUCGAACCUCCAACUUUUGUUCUUGAUUAAUGAAAGCAUUAUUGGCAAAUGCUUUCACUUUUGUCCGUCUUGCACCGGUCCAAGAAUUUCACCUCUAGCGGCACAAUACGAAUUCCCCGGCAUUCCCUCUUAAUCAUGGCCCCAGUUCAGAAGAAAACCUAACAAAAUAGAACUGAAGUCCUAUUCCAUUAUUCCUAGCUGAGGUAUUCAAGUGACCGGGCCUGUAUUGAACACUCUAAUUUUUCAAAGGAAACGCUUCGGACCCCGCGGGACACUCAGUUAAGAGCAUCGAGGGGGCGCCGAGAGGCAGGGGCUGGGACAGGCGGUAGCUCGCCUCGCGGCGGACCGCCAGCUCGAUCACGAGAUCCAACUACAGGCUUUUUAACUGCAGUAACUUAAAGAUACGCUAUUGGAGUGUCACCGCCACAAAGGUUCACGCCGCGCGAUCGGCUCAAGGUUACCAAAGGUGAACUGUCUCCGAAAAGGGCUCCGCCGAUGGAGGCCAAUCCACGUGGGGUGAGAGGAACUGUCUGUCCGAACACCGGCUAGAUGCCGGCCGACAGGGGCCUUCUCUGGUGAAUCACGAAUGCCAAGACAGUUCUAGUCACUCCAACCGUUUACCCGCGCUUCAUUGAAUUGAAUGAGCGAGAGCUCCAGAGGGACAGGGAGGGCUGGCGUCGACCCAGGGAGGGGGAGCAACCCCCGGAGAUGGGGCCCGCCCCCCAGCCAAGGCCGCAACUCCAUCCAGCCAGCUCCCUGUCCCAGGGAGAUGGGGGGAGAGGGCCAGGGAGGGCUGGGGCCGACCCAGGGAGGGCCCCAGCCAUACUCAUUUCGGAAAAGCCGAAGUGAGUACAGUAUGACAUCCUUUAUAGCAUACUACAUUUCUGAAAUUUCACAUAGUAUAAAACGUUAUAUUUUUGCAUACCCAAAAUGCCUACUAUUUAGAAGCUUAGUACGGGUAUUCGGACACGGCCACUGUGUAUAUUAUAGAUGUUACAUGAGAGAUGCAAAAUAAGACACCAGGGUGAACUUUUAGAUCUAAAGAGCGCUCUAUCUCUACAGGAAGAAGAACGGAAAACAUAUGAGGUUUGUGUUUUCAAUAUGUGUUUUCUUACUCUAUGUAAUGGAAUGACCCCUCACUUAGUUUCUGUCUUUCUAAUGGGCCUUACUCAGUCAAAUAUCACCUACUCACCUUGGUGGCUUGAGAAGCGUCAUCAUCCCCACCCCCAUCCUAGUUUGUCAGACAUUUUGAGACCUCAAAAGUAGUCCAGUAUCAAAAAGAGUCUCACAAUCUGUUAUAUGGAUUGAACAAAAAUGUGAAAUUAACUGGGGCCUAUCUUUCCCAUUCAUGUUUUAAUCAAGCAUGACCUACACAACAAAUGGCAUUUGACAUGGACUCAUCUCUGACAAAAUAACAAACUUUGAUUUUGGAGUAAACAGUCACAUAAAAGCCCAGUUAAAUAGGGGAAUGGAGAUAUAGAUUUUGUGGGAUGUUGUCACUGACUCCCUUUAAGUAAUGUUCAACUCAGUUGCACAGCAGCUUUAUAGAUCAAACUGAAACUAGUGGCACAAGAUGUGAAACUGCCAUUCAAAUCAACUUCUCUAUUAAGGAUGUGAAAAUAUCAUCUUGCAACAGUGUUGCAUAAUAAGAUAAAAUAGGUUCUGUUAAAUGGAGAAAACGUUAAUGGACACCACUGCCACCUUUUCCUCAACAUUGCAGUUAAACCUGAGAAUAACUUCUUGUUCUAUGGGGCAAUGGGUUUACAACGAUAGGAAUUGGUUAUUGUUGGUAUCAGGUGUAUAGCACAAAUAAUGUUUUUGAUUUAUUUGAGAAACUAGACUAACUACAAAUAUCAUAGUUCUCCAUUACACAUUGAGCAUGAAGUUAAUGACCUUGUUGUAACACAUGAAUGACUGCACUUCUUCUGAAUGCUUUGACAGCAUGAAUGCACUUUUUAAUACCCUGCUAGUGCCCCUCAGGGUUGUGGUCAAUUCCAUUUCAAUUCAGUCAAUUCAGGAAGUCAACUGUAAUCCAAUUCCAAUGUUCCUUUUCGUUUCAUUGCUUGGAAAAGGAAUUUCAGUUGACUUCAGUUUACUUUCUAAAUUGGCUGAACUGAAAUGGAAUUGACCCCAACCCUGUUGGCUCUAUGGCAGGGUACUCAGAGCUCAUAACUAAGCCGUACCAUUCUCACCAGUGGUGGAUUGUGGCAAUUUUAAAAUGGGGAGGACAGGCUCAUACUAAUGGCUGAAACCGAAUAAAUGGAAUGGUAUCAAACACAUCAAAAGCAAGGUUUUAUACCAUUCCAUUCACUCCAUUCCAGCCAUUAUAAUGAGCCGUCCUCCCCUCACCAGCCUCCUGUCAUUCUCACCCUCUUCCCUUCUUCCUACCCCUCCUCAGGGCAGUAAACAGCUCCUGGGGAACUACCCCCUCUUCAUCACCAACAAGCAGUGGGACGAGGCAGUCAACUCGUCGAAGAAGGACGGCCGGCGGCUGCUGCGUUACCUGAUCCGCUUCGUCUUCACUACGGACGAGCUCAAGUACUCGUGUGGCCUGGGCAAGAGGAAACGCUCCGUUCACUCAGGAGAGCCUGGGCCGGAGAGACGGCCGCUCAACCCCGUCAAAGUCACCUGCCUCAGAGGUACUGGCGGCAUCUCUACUAAAGAGAUGUGUACUACAACAACAUGUAUGCUACUAAAGAGAUGUGUACUACAACAACAUGUAUGCUACUAAAGAGAUGUGUACUACAACAACAUGUAUGCUACUAAAGAGAUGGGCACUACAACAACAUGUAUGCUACUAAAGAGAUGUGUGAACAGAUGUUUGCAACAUCAAAUUGUGUGCAGUGAUGUUUAUUAAUAAAACAGAUUUUUUCUAAUCAUAACAAAUAUUGACUUGUACUCCUCAGAGUUUAUCCGAAUGCACUGUGCCUCCAACCCUGACUGGUGGAUGCCUUCUGAGGAGCAGAUCAACAAGGUGUUCAGCGACGCGGUGGGUCAUGCGCGCCAGGGUCGGGCCGUGGGCACCUUCCUGGGCAGCAGUGGCAGUAGCACUAGCAGUCUUUACAUGGAGGCUUACGACGGGCCCCUGUCACAGGAUGAUGUGUACCUGAAGGGCUCUCACAAUGGCCUGGGGGAUUGAAGGGAGAAGGACUGAAGCCUUGGUCAGGAUUCAAUCCAAGGUGCGUUA